UGCCGAGCGCCAGCAGGUGCGCCGCCUGAGGCAGGUCAGCGGUUGCCCCACAGGAGCCUCCGGCCGCUCUCCGCCCGCCCCGCGCCCUGCCGCAGCCCCGGCCGAGGCCGACUGGGCGGGGUAGUCGGCGGCCACGCGCGGCCCUGCGUCACUCCGGGAGCUGCGGAAGGGGAGGCGCCGGGCUGGGAGGCAGAGCGGCGGAGGAGCUCGCGAAGGGCCGGCGCGGCUGCGGCUGCGGCAGCGGAGGACGAAGCGGGGGCCCGAGCAGGCUCCUCUUCUUCGCGAGGGAAGGAUGGUGAAGCUGGGCGGCGGCCCUUUCGGCGAGAAGCGCGGCAAGCCGGCCCCGGCGGAGGACGGCUUCGACACCAUCCCGCUGAUUACGCCGCUGGAUGUCGGGCAGCUCCAGUUCCCCCCGCCGGACAAGGUGGUGGUGAAGACGAAGACGGAAUAUGAACCUGAUCGGAAGAAAGGGAAAUUUCGUUCUCCCAGAAUUGCAGAAUUCACAGUCAGUAUCACUCAAGGCAUCUCAGAACGUUUUAAGGUGACGGCCCUGAUCCUGUUUGCCCUCGUGUUCCUGGCCUGCGUUGGGUUUCUGGUGGUCUACAAGGCCUAUAAGUACGACCAAGCCUGCCCAGAAGGCUUCAUCUUCAAGAACAAUCAAUGCAUUCCGGCUGGAUUAGAGAGCUACUAUUCUGAACAAGACUCUAGCGCUCGAGGAAAGUUCUACACGGUGAUCAACCACUACAACCUGGCCAAGCAGACCAUCACCCGGUCAGUUUCUCCAUGGAUGACGGUGCUUUCGGAAGAGAAACUUUCUGAGCAGGAGACUGAGGCAGCUGAGAAACCUGUUUAGGAGGAUGAGUCUGAUGAAGAAGGGCCCAAAGGCGGUUUUCAUGGUUUUCAUUGUUAGGUUCACUUAGAGAUUGCUCAUAAUUUAUGGUGUAAUUGCUUUGGUUGCUGACAACUGCUUUGCAAAACGGAGCAACGAAAAAGAACGUGGGCCACGAAUGGCCCGGGGCACAUUGGCAUUGCUUUAGAGCUCUAACACCAAUUUCUCUUUCAGUGGCAUUGAACUUAGGCCCAUUCUUGUAAUUUAGACACCUGACAGAGACAUUCAGGCAGGGCUCGUUGUUGUGGGAUAACGUGCUUCUUCUUCUUACUGUGUGUCCUCGUGUUUUGUUUCCCUUUAAAUCAGCUGUGAAAUCUUCCAUGGGGUUUGGCUUGCAGUUCCAAAAU